AGGAUGGAGUAUAAUUUUGAUUACAAUGGGGAGUAAAGCGUAUGUGCUUCGCUGGAAUCGUCUGGAUUAAGCGUUAAUUCCUUCUCACUCACUUUAUAAAAAAUACUCACAAUUAAUUAAUUUAGAUCAUGCUGCCAACCGUACCACUGGUCUUCGUUUAUCUUUGCGCCUUCCGAACUUCAUUUCGUCUUCUUUCUCCAUUUUCAAAUUCCCCAUUUCCGAGAUCCAUAUUCGAUUGAUCUGCCCUAGAUAUGUCUUACGCAUAUCUCUUCAAGUAUAUCAUCAUCGGCGAUACAGGGGUUGGAAAGUCAUGUCUUCUUCUACAAUUUACCGACAAACGUUUCCAGCCAGUGCAUGACUUGACUAUUGGAGUCGAAUUUGGGGCUCGGAUGAUUACAAUAGACAACAAACCCAUUAAGCUUCAAAUAUGGGACACGGCCGGUCAAGAAUCCUUCAGAUCCAUCACAAGGUCAUACUACAGAGGAGCUGCUGGUGCACUUUUGGUUUAUGAUAUCACUAGGAGGGAAACCUUUAAUCACUUGGCUAGCUGGCUAGAAGAUGCAAGGCAGCAUGCAAAUCCAAACAUGACAAUUAUGCUGAUAGGCAACAAAUGUGAUCUUGCCCAUAGAAGGGCCGUUAGCACAGAAGAAGGAGAACAAUUUGCAAAAGAACAUGGGUUGAUUUUCAUGGAAGCAUCUGCGAAAACUGCUCAGAAUGUAGAGGAGGCUUUCAUUAAAACAGCAGCAACAAUAUACAAGAAGAUUCAAGAUGGAGUGUUUGAUGUUUCAAAUGAGUCAUAUGGAAUAAAAGUAGGUUAUGGUGGAAUUCCCGGGCCUUCUGGCGGUAGGGAUGGUUCUUCUUCUCAAGGUGGAGGUUGUUGCAGUUGAGGUUCGGUUUUGAAACACCGCAGACAUUCUUUGCUGCUCUUCUGGGCGUUAUGUGUAUACUCCACAACUUGGCAUUGUGAUUAAGUCGUAGUUUUGCUUGCAGUUAAGUUUUCUGGGUGCCAUUGUGACUGUAUAUCUGACAUCACAGCUGGGAGUGAGUAAAAGCAUACAUGUUUUGUUUUAGUUGUGGUUUGUUUUCCUGUGUUUGUGCAAAUGUAAAACCAGUGUAACUAUAGUGUCAUCUUGUUUUUUGUUUGUUAAACUCUUUCACUGAGAAAAGGAUUGCGCACUUCUCUACUCAAA